AUGUUAUACUAUUGCGGUUUCGAAAGUUUCCUGAAAUUUCAUCAUAAAUCCGGUAUUAAUAACAUAUUUUUGAGACCAUUAAGCGAUCUAAGAUUGGAUAAGAAAGAUAAGGUUAUCAGUGCCUACAUUGGCUGGUGUUCCCUAUUUUUGCAUACCGGCGACGGCCAGGUAGUCUACUUGGGCUAUAGUAAUCCGAAAGCACAGAACAGUUUGCCGAGGAARGGRUCGACAGCUAAUUAUGACAACCAGAAAACAAAUCGGGAAACCAAUGAACUGAUUGUCUGCGAAAAGGCACCGAAAUAUAUCAUUAACAUCGAGUGCGGAUCAAAGGAGACACUGAUACUGACCCUUGACCUUAAACUUUUCAAAUGGACUGGUUUCAACUUUGCCACGAGUGAACCGCAACCCAUGCUUACCACCGAUGAUGACUGUCUACCCGAUGACCAUCAGCCGUCCCCAGCGCCGACACCGCCUAAUGUCGAACAAAUCAGUGUCGGUGUCGAAUAUUCGGCAAUACUGACCGAUACGGGCGACGUCCGAUUGCUGGACAUUAACACUGGACAGCUGAUUGGUGGCGGMGCCGAGCGUUUGGCCGACGGUCGCAAAUGUGUGGCCRUKGCCUGCGGACAGGAACAUCUGUUGGCAUUGACCGAUACGGGWCGGGUGUUGUCCUAUGGUCGCGGUUCCCGAGGACAGUUAGGUCACGGUGAUUUGGAAAAUGUUGACCAAGACCGGGCCCAGCUGAUCGAUGCAUUGGACGGUAUCCGGGUUAAGGCUAUAGCUGCCGGYGGCUGGCAUUCAAUGGCACUGUCCGCCGASGGCGAUGUCUAUGUGUGGGGUUGGAACGAAUCGGGACAGUUAGGCUAYUCRAGGGAUACACUGACAAUGAAAGCCCUGCCCCUGCCGUUGGAGAUAUCCGAUGACGAYUCGUUUAGCGCUAUCAGUGCCGGCAGUCGACACUCGAUGGCCAUAUCGGAGAACGGCAUACUGUUCGGCUGGGGCUGGAAUAAAUGGGGACAGUUAGGUCUGGAUCCGAAAGUCUAUACUGUUUGUGAUACACCUCAAGUGAUACCAGUCGAUGAAAAAGUCAAAUCGAUUUGCUGUAAAUUCUGGUCGAGCCUUAUCGAAACGGAACGGGAGCCUACACCUGAUGAUUAAAUUUUAUUGUAUUGAACUGAUUGAUUGAUUGAUUGAUUGAUCUACCGUUCCCUAUACACACGAUUAUGUGUCUCUCUAUUUGAUAUAWAUAUAUAUAUUU